AUGCAGCCCUCGGAGGAUGCGCAGAUCGAUCUGGGCAAGGCCCAGGUCAUUGACCGCACCCCUAAAAUUAUCAAAGAACUGAAGUUCGGUGUAUUGACAAAAAAUGAUAUUGUUGAGCAAGCUGCGGUGGAAGUCUCGGACAGAAAGUUUUUCGACCUCGAGAAUGGCAGAAAGGUGGUUUCCAAUGGUCCUCUCGACACACGCAUGGGUAUUUCAGGCAAAGUUGCAACCUGUGCGACUUGCGGACUGAACUCAAAGGAUUGUAAUGGUCACUUCGGCCAUGUACGACUGGUUCUCCCGGCUUUCCAUGUUGGGUACUUCAAAAGGGUUAUCGGCAUCCUGCAGGAAAUUUGCAAAGAAUGUUCACGCAUCCUCCUCCCGGAGACCGAGCGCCGAUCUUUCCUACGAGAAAUGAGACGUCCUGGUCUGGAUAAUUUGCGACGAAUGCAGAUUGCGAAGCGAAUCAAUGAACGAUGCCGGAAGACUCGGCAGUGCGAGCACUGCAACGCGAUAAAUGGUGUGGUAAAGAAGAUUGGCACAAGUGCGCUGAAGAUCACCCAUGAUAAGUUCCGUGCGUUCAAUGCCUCAACUUCUGUCAAGAAGCAGCCACCACUCAGCAAGACCGUCUUCGAUGAUUCUUUUUCUGAGGUGCGAAAUUCAAAUACCGAGGUUGAGAAACACUUCAAGAAGGCACAGGAUGACUUGAAUGCCUUGCGCGUGCUCAAGUUGUUCAAGAAGAUCUCGGACAGCGAUUGCGAGCUUCUGGGAUUAGAUCCCAAGGAAGCCCGACCGGAGAUGUUUUUGUGGCAGUUCAUUCCGGCCCCGCCCGUUUGUAUCAGACCGUCCGUUAUUCAAGAGGCAGCAUCUACCGAAGACGACUUGACCGCCAAGUUGGGUGAUAUCGUGCAAAGUAACAUCAAUCUCAAGAACUCCCUGCUUAAAGGAGCGCCUGUGCAAACCAUCAUGGAAUGCUGGGAUUACAUGCAGCUCCAGAUCGCAGUCUACAUUAACAGCGAUGUGCCUGGUCUCAACAAAGCGGAUCUUGGAAAGCCCAUACGUGGAUUUGUCCAACGAUUGAAAGGAAAACAGGGUCGCUUCCGUGGUAACUUGUCCGGAAAGCGUGUUGAGUACACUGGUCGAACGGUCAUUUCGCCCGAUCCCAAUUUACGAGUAGAUGAGGUUGCCAUUCCGGAGCUUGUUGCCAGGAACCUGACCUAUCCUGAGGUGGUCACCCGAUACAACAAGGAAAAGUUGCAAGCCGUUGUGCGUAAUGGAACGAACAAAUACCCCGGAGCGAGAUACUUGAUCAAGAAGGGCUCUAUCUGGCAAACAAACUUGAAGUACGGUAAUUUGAAUCAUAUGGCCAAUCAACUCCAAGAGGGUGAUGUGGUCGAGCGUCACCUUGAAGACGGUGAUAUUGUACUGUUCAACCGGCAGCCGUCCCUCCACAAACUCAGUAUUCUCUCUCACUUUGCCAAAGUUCGACCGCAUCGGACAUUCCGUCUGAAUGAGUGUGUUUGCAAUCCUUACAAUGCCGAUUUUGACGGAGAUGAGAUGAAUCUACACGUUCCACAAACCGAAGAGGCGAGAGCAGAAGCAAUGGAGUUGAUGGGUGUCAAGAAUAACUUGGCCACGCCCAAGAACGGUGAACCCAUUAUUGGUGCCAUUCAGGAUUUCAUCAGUGCUGCUUUCUUGCUAAGCAGCAAAGAUAACUUCUACGAUCGUCGCUCUUUCACUCAAAUUUGUCUCUAUAUGUUGGGCCCCGAGACGCGAUUUGACUUGCCACCGCCAUCCGUCAUGAAACCACAAAUGCUCUGGACUGGCAAGCAAGUUUUCAACAUCUUGAUGCAUCCUAACAAAGAUGACCCUGUCUUAGUCAACCUUGAUGCGGCAUGCCGACAGUUCAAGCAGCCAAAGGAUGGAAGACCCAAGGACUUGGAUCCGAACGAUGCUUGGCUGGUGAUCCGCAACUCCGAAGUCAUGUGUGGUGUCAUGGACAAGUCUACAGUCGGUGACGGUAAAAAGGACAAUGUGUUCUACAUCAUGCUUCGAGAUUAUGGACCUGCUGCGGCCGCCCAGGGCAUGAACCGCCUGUCUAAGUUGUCAGCCCGCUGGCUCACCAAUCUUGGAUUCUCUAUUGGUAUCACGGAUGUGUGGCCCAGCGAGAGGCUAGUCCAAUCCAAGAACGACCUAGUCGAAGCAGCCUACGCCGCUUGUGACGAAGUUAUUGCUAAGUUCAAAGCUGGCACUUUGGAGAAGUAUCCUGGUUGUGACGAGUUGCAAACUAUGGAAAACCAGCUCUCUGGUAUUCUCAGUAAAGUUCGUCAGCAAGCUGGUGAUGAGUGUAUUGCACAACUCAGCAAAUACAAUUCACCCCUGAUCAUGGCCACGUCCGGAUCUAAGGGUUCUAGUAUUAACGUUUCCCAAAUGGUCGCGCUUGUGGGUCAACAAAUUAUCGGCGGUUCACGUGUUCUGGAUGGUUUCCAGGACCGUACUCUACCUCAUUUCCCGAAGAACGCACGCCAGCCUCCUUCCAAGGGUUUCGUCCGCAACAGUUUCUUCUCGGGUCUUCUGCCUACCGAGUUCAUUUUCCACGCCAUGUCUGGUCGUGAAGGUCUGGUCGAUACUGCCGUUAAAACGGCCGAAACCGGUUACAUGUCUCGUCGGUUGAUGAAGUCUCUUGAAGAUCUUUCGACUAUGUACGAUGAUACUGUACGGAACUCAUCUGCGGCUAUUGUGCAAUUCCAAUAUGGUGACGACAAGUUGGAUCCUUUGGAUAUGGAAGGCAAAGCCAGACCUGUCCACUUCGAGCGAACCUUCAUCCACUCUGAAUCAACCACAUACAAAAAUAAUGAACGGAGUUUGCUGCCAGCGGAGAUCUUGGAAGUCUGCGAAGAGAUGCUUGGCGCAGAGCGCGCCAAGCUGGUCCGCAGGGACCUUAUGGGCAAUGAGCUGGGCUAUAUGGAUCGCAGUGAUCACGGAAUCGAUCAGCUUGAGAGUGCGCGUGAUUUCCUCGACUCCAUUCAGGAGUAUGUGGAAGGCAAGGCCGAAAAGCUGAUUAACCUUGGUGGUGACGUCGGUUCGAUCGAGGAAGGUAGCCGACAAGGAUUAGACCAUACCGGAAAGCUGACCGAGACCACUCUACGCGCAUUCAUCACUUCUUGCCUCACGAAAUAUAGGAGAGCUCAAGUUGAGCCUGGUCAUGCUGUGGGUGCUGUUGGAGCCCAGUCCAUUGGUGAGCCGGGUACUCAGAUGACUCUUAAGACUUUCCAUUUCGCUGGUGUCGCUGGUAUGAGUAUCACACAGGGUGUGCCUCGUAUUAAGGAAAUCAUCAACGCCUCCAAAGAAAUCAGUACGCCUGUCAUCGCCUGUGAACUGGUCAACAAGGAACAUAUGGCUGCAGCACGUAUUGUCAAGGGUCGUAUUGAAAAGACCUACCUGCGUGACAUCAUGCGCUCUAUCACCGAAAACUGGACCGGCAGCUAUGCUUAUGUGACCAUCAAGAUCAACCUCCAGACCAUCUCUGAUCUGAAGCUCGAGCUAGAUGUGAGAAAAAUUGCUCAGGCGAUUAAAACCCACAAACGCUUCAAGGGUGCAGAUCUCACAUUCCGCGUUGGCACGUCUAGCAUCAGGAUCUUCAUGGACAUGGACCCGGCCAGUAAGACAGGUCUGUCGAAGACUGAGGUCGCUGCCACGAGUAUGGACCCCUUCCUGCGUCUCAAGCAUCUUAAGCGACUGUUGCCCGAUAUCCAGAUUCUUGGACACGCUCGUGCUCAGCGCGCCAUUAUUCGAACGGAUGAGACUUCCACCUCCAACACUCUAUUGGUGGAAGGCUACGGCUUGAAAGAAUGUAUGACGACCGUCGGUGUGGAUGGCCUCCGCACAAGGACAAACAACGUCAUGGAAGCGCGCGAGGUUCUCGGUAUUGAGGCGGCAAGAACUACAAUUGUUGUCGAAAUUAGUGAAGUCAUGAAGGACAUGAACAUCGAUCCUCGCCAUAUGCAACUUCUGGCCGACGUCAUGACGUACAAGGGCGAGGUGCUUGGUAUCACUCGGUUCGGUCUGGCCAAGAUGCGUGACUCGGUCCUUCAGCUCGCCUCUUUCGAGAAGACUGCAGACCACCUCUUUGAUGCUGGUGGUGCUGGCCGUACCGAUCUGAUCGAGGGCGUCUCUGAAUGUAUUAUUAUGGGCAAGACUAUCGGACUAGGAACCGGUGCCAUGGAAGUCGUCCGCAAGCUGAACUUUUACGAAGGCCAGAUUGGUCCACGGAAGACUGUGUUCGAAGAUGCCUGGACCGAACUGUGUGAAGUACCUCAGGCAAGGAAGGGCAAGAAACGGGUUAGGUAG